AUGUUAGCUCUCUACUCGACGGAGAUCGCUCGCAGAAGUACGUGGACUUGUCUCGCCUGCUCGGCGUUGGCCUUAGGACCUCAGCGUCCACCGAUAGCAAUAUCGCAAAGGCACGGCUCCCCACCAGUACACCAGAGAAAACACUCCUCCUCAAAGGCUUCCAAUCCUCCCAAACAUGACCUGAGAGCACUUGCAAAUGCCACAAAGGCUCCCGCGGAAGAUCAAGAAAGUGCAAAACAUUCGGAGCCACAACAAGCCGCCAAUUCCCGUACUCGGAAACGAAGGCUCAAAGGAGAUUCCAUAGAGCCACUUCUGAGAAGCAGCGGAAUCAAACAAGUAACCCUUCCCGCUGUCCCAUCGACACAGCAGAUACAGCCUCUCGACAUUCAGCUUGCCUCGUUCUUUUCCCAGCAUCGACCACUUUCUGUCCCUCAUAUCAUUCCACCCAUUGCAACAACAGAUGGCCUGUCAAAUCUCUUCAUUUCCGACACAUCUUCCAAUUCAAAGCAUGGAGAAGUCAUACAAACGCUCUCGUCGGCGGUCGAUACUCUUGAUCAAGCCGUAGCACAACAGGAAGAGUCAAGGGCACCUGAAGAUCUUGAUCUCGGUACCGCCAUUACUCAACUUCUGUCUUCGACUACUUCGGAGAGCAAUGUUGAGUCGCAGACCCAACAAAUCAACAUGUCAGAAUUAGCGAAGAAUUUCAGGCCUUUCAUGCCACCUCCGCCACCUGUACCUUACGCAGCGAUGCGAGAAGCAGCAAAAAAGACAGUCAAGGAGCAGAGAAGGCAGACACAGAAAACUGCAUGGAGUUCACAGUUGACCGUAUACGUAGAUGAACACCCGAGUGGUGCGCUGACGUUCAAACCCCACUUCACCCCACUUGUUCAGAUCCCAGUAACAUCCAAGUCUUUAUCGGCCCCAAAGUACGAGAAAGCAAAGGAAUACACGUCUCAACAGUUACCCGGUUCAUCAUCGCUGCCUCGGGCGUUCCUUAACCGGAUGCUAGACAGACAGGUUACAUAUGGAGACCGUGUUGAGCAAAAGUUUGGAUAUAGGACACCGACUUUGCAAGCGCUUAGUGUAAGAAGGCAAAGAAAGUUGAAAAUGAAGAAGCAUAAAUACAAGAAGGUGAUGAAACGGACGAGGAAUGUAAGGAAAAGGAUUGGCAAGGUUUGA